AUGAAGCGGUACAGAAAUGGAGAAAUCUGGGAUUUUGAGCAUGAAAGGAUUGCAGUCGGUGGUGCUUUUAUUCGUGAAAAUAGUAUAUAUAACGUUAAUAAGAUGAGUCACAGUGGCCGUAAAGUGAUAUUGGGUAUAGACGGCGGGACUACCUCUACUGUUUGCGUAUGCAUGCCUUUGAUACCCUUCACUCAGCCCCUUCCCGACCCACUGCCGGUACUCGCCCGGGCCGUGGCCGGCUGCUCCAAUCACAACAGCGUUGGAGAAUCUGCCGCUAGGGAUACAUUAGAGCAAGUUAUGGCGGAUGCUCUUUUAAAGUCAGCUUCGACCCGUUCUGCUGUUCAAGCUGUCUGUCUUUCUGUAUCUGGUGUUAACCAUCCCAUAGAUCAGGAUCGUAUACUUAAUUGGCUUAGAGAAAUAUUCCCCAGCCAUGUUAGAUUAUUUGUUCAGAAUGAUGCUGUGGCAGCUUUGGCAAGUGGGACAAUGGGAAAGCUUCAUGGAUGUGUUCUCAUAGCUGGUACAGGUACCAUUGCUUAUGGAUUUACAGAAGAUGGAAGAGAAGCUCGGGCUGCUGGUGCAGGACCCAUUUUAGGUGACUGGGGAAGUGGAUAUGGUAUAGCUGCACAGGCACUGACUGCAGUAAUACGGGCUCACGAUGGUCGUGGUCCACAGACUUCACUUACACUUGGUAUCUUGCAUAAACUCAACCUGUCUUCACCAGAUGAACUUAUCGGGUGGACAUAUGCAGAUCCAUCUUGGGCUCGGAUUGCAGCUCUUGUUCCUGUUGUGGUUUCUAGUGCAGAAGCAGGCGAUCUGGUGGCUAACAAGAUCUUGCAUGAUGCCGUCCAAGAAUUGGCUUCAAGUGUGAAAGCUGUUGUUCAGAGACUGGAUCUAUGUGGUGAAGACGGAAAGGAUUAUUUUCCUCUCGUAAUGGUUGGUGGCGUCCUUGAAGCCAACAGGAGAUGGGACAUUGGUAAUGAGGUAAUGAAUUGCAUCUCAAAUGACUUCCCUGGGGCUCUGCCUAUCCGUCCAAAGGUGGAGCCUGCUGUGGGUGCUGCAUUGCUUGCUUGGCAUUUUUUGAUGAGAGAAUGUCAUGAAGAACGACUUGCGAGUUACUACUCGUAA